AAAUAUUGUGUCAAAAAUCAAAAAUGGUUGUCAGGCUAACAACGUAAACAGAACUAUUUGAAAAAAUAAUCAAAUUACAGUCAUGAGUAACCGAAAUCCAAAUACAUUAAUGAGUGUUCCAGACGAACAAUUUGAUUACUUAUUCAAAAUUGUGCUCAUCGGUGAUUGUGGUACAGGAAAAACAUGUAUUGUGCAACGAUUGAAAUCCGGAAAUUUUAUUGAAAGGCACGGAAAUACAAUAGGCGUAGACUUUUCUAUGAAAACUUUAAUUGUCGACGGAAAGAGGGUCAAGCUUCAAAUAUGGGAUACGGCGGGACAAGAGCGUUUCCGGACAAUUACGCAAAGUUACUAUCGCUCAGCAAACGGAGUAAUUAUAGUGUAUGACAUAACAAAGAGGUCCACUUUUUUGUCAUUACAAAAAUGGAUUGAAGAAGUGAGAAGGUAUACCUCAUCUAAUGUUAUUGUCUCCCUGAUUGGCAAUAAAUGUGAUUUAACAGACCAGCGUGAAGUGGAAGCAGAUGAACCUAAAUCCUUCUGUCGCUAUGUACCGGAGAUUAUGUUUGUAAUGGAAACCUCUGCUAAAGACAAUACUAAUGUUGAAGAUACAUUUCGUAGCUUGGCUACGGAGUUAAAGAGACAACAUGAUAAGAGUGAAGGUCCACAUCCAGAUCAAGACUCGGUAGUUCUCGGUGAAAGCCAUUCUAUCAGCAGGUGUCAACCUUGUCGUUCAUCAUAGUACUUGGUAUUUAUUAUUGAUAAAAUCAACACAAAUAAGUGAUUUUUCCUCGGCUAUGUAUAGUAACAACGGUCACAAGUCAAGCUUUAUCAUUUAGUUUUUUAUUUAGUUAGGUGAACAUAGUAAAGUUAGAAGUGACAUUCUUGUUGAAUGACACAAAUACACAGUGAUAUCAAUUUCAUUUUUUGCACAUUAUUAAAUGUUUGAUGAGUAUGAAAAUAUUUAGAAGUGUUUUUGAGUGGAAAUAAUAGAAGUAGUCAAAUAUACAAAAUAGUGAAUGUUAUGGAACUUUCAGAAUGUUUAUCACCUUUGGGUCUUUAAAUUAUCUCCGCACUUUAUUUUGAAUCUCAUUGUCAGAUGUGAUUUUUUUUUAAAUUAAAAAUGAAUGUAUUUAGAAAAAUGCUACGAAGCUUUGAUAUUAAGUUGUCUUGCCAUUAUAAAAAAUAAAUGUAAAAAGUCAGCAAGGGGUUAAACUAAGCAUUUAUCUUGACAAAUGUUUGAGGUACAGUUGCGGAAUCUAGUGGUGUCCCACCCUAAAACUAUAUGAUUGAAGAUUUUGUAUUCAUUGACACGACGACACGGGUCAUUAACAAAUAUGACGCGGAUAGUGUUUGUGUCAAAAAGGUCUGUCAGUGGUACAAGGCUAAUUGCUUUUUAUUAUUAUCUCAUUGUUUUUUUUAUGUCACUCCUACCAGAUUGUUUAUUUAUAAGAGUCGAAGUUUUAAGUGGAACACCAAGGAUUUCCGCGACUACAAAAAAUAGACAGUAAAAAAAUCAAAUCGCUUUUUCUGGUAAACAUAACAGUAGUGAAAUAAUUCUGUAAUUUUGAGAAUAAUGUUUAACAGUAGAUUAGAUUAUAUGUAUAUUUGGUUACUCAAUGUUAUAAAAAUAACUUUGGACAUCCUUGUUGCCUUUUAAAA